AUGUCAAUAAUUACGUAUAACCGAUUCAUCUGUGAAUUUUGUGCGGGAACUAUUAAUGGUGAUAAAGGUCUAUGUACAGGUGAUAUUGGUAGUCCAUUAAUGGCUUUUGCUAAUGAUAGUUGGGUAUUAGCAGGAAUAGCAUCAUACAGUUUAGGAUGUGCUGACUCAGGAUAUCCAGGAGUCUAUACACGAUUGCCCUCUUUUAUUUCGUUUAUUAACUCAAACAUCAAUUUUUCAGUGACAGAAAACACAACGGUUCCAAUUUCACAAACAACAACGAUUGCAAUGCAACGAACAACAACGACUUCAUUAGUGAUAUUAACAACCUAA